AUGAUCUGGGGAAAGGCAGGAGGACGAGGGGAAGGGGGGGUGAAAAGGGCUUCCUCAGAAGUGCCCCCCACCUCCAACAACCUCCGCCUGCAUCUCAGUGGCCACCCCAUCAACCAGUUAUAUUUCUCUCCUCCUUCCCUCUCCUGCUUCCACCAGGGGAGUCGUGUGAGAAAUUUGAACCAUUUAAAGAUGGUAACCAAGCAAGUGGAGCCGGUCACCAUCAUUAGCCUUCGGAAGCUGAGCCUGGGAGCCCCAGAGCCACAGCCGAAAGAGCCAAAGACGUUCACUGUGGAAGAUGCCGUGGAGACCAUCGGAUUCGGACGUUUCCACAUCGCUCUGUUUCUGAUCAUGGGAAGCACGGGGAUUGCAGAGGCCAUGGAGAUCAUGUUAAUAGCAGUUGUGUCUCCUGUCAUCCGCUGUGAAUGGCAGCUGGAAGACUGGCAGGUGGCAUUAGUGACCACAAUGGUGUUUUUUGGCUACAUGGUCUUCAGCAUCCUCUUCGGCCUCCUGGCUGACAGAUAUGGCCGCUGGAAGAUUUUGCUCAUCUCGUUCCUGUGGGGAGCCUACUUCUCCUUGCUGACCUCUUUCUCUCCCUCGUACAUCUGGUUUGUCUUCCUGCGGAUGAUGGUGGGCUGUGGUGUCUCUGGCCAUGCACAAGGGCUAAUCAUAAAGACUGAGUUUUUGCCUACAAAAUAUCGAGGCUACAUGCUCCCCUUGUCUCAGGUGUUCUGGCUCGCCGGCUCCCUGCUCAUCAUCGGCCUGGCCUCUGUGGUCAUCCCCACCAUCGGGUGGCGCUGGCUCAUCCGCAUCGCCUCCAUUCCUGGCAUCAUCCUCAUCUUGGCCUUCAAGUUUAUUCCUGAGUCUGCUCGGUUCAAUGUCUCCACUGGGAACACUCAGGCCGCCCUGGCCACCCUGGAGCGCAUCGCCAAGAUGAACCGCUCGGUCAUGCCGGAGGGGAAGCUGGUGGAGCCCGUCCUGGAAAAAAGGGGAAGAUUUGCCGACCUCUUGGAUGCUAAAUAUUUACGGACCACACUACAGAUCUGGGUCAUAUGGCUGGGCAUCUCUUUCGCCUACUAUGGGGUCAUCUUGGCCAGCGCUGAGCUGCUGGAGCGGGACCUGGUCUGUGGUUCGCGGUCCGGGUCCGAGUCCGAGGCCGCGGUGGUGUUGAGUGCGGGGGUCUCAGAGGAGAGCGGGAGCCCCUGCCACUGCCACAUGUUUGCCCCCUCCGACUACCGGACCAUGAUCAUCAGCACCGUUGGGGAAAUUGCUUUGAAUCCUCUAAACAUUCUGGGCAUUAAUUUCCUGGGCAGGCGGCUGAGCCUUUCUAUCACCAUGGGCUGCACGGCUUUGUUCUUCCUUCUCCUCAAUAUUUGCACUUCAAGUGCCGGCCUCAUCGGCUUCCUCUUCAUGCUGAGGGCUUUGGUGGCAGCCAACUUCAACACCAUCUACAUCUACACUGCUGAGGUUUACCCCACCGCCAUUCGAGCUUUGGGGAUGGGGACCAGCGGCUCCCUGUGUCGCAUUGGAGCAAUGGUGGCACCGUUUAUAUCCCAGGUAUACCCGGGAGUCUCUGCAGGGAGGGUGUGUCGAAGGGAGGUGGGUGAAAGCGACCCUGGGUCCCUUCUGGUUAAGGGUGUAACCCAGGAUUUCUGUUUAUGUAGGGAGUUUUCUUGA